UCUCUGGACUACGUUGCUUUGCGCUCGCCACAGGCUGCCAAGGCAUUAAGAGCUGGGAUCGCGCAUUACUGUGACCUUGCGUUGACCGAGCCAUCAUGUCGUCGCGUUUCUGGGGAGACGACGACUCGUCGUCGUCCAGCGAUGAGUCAGACGAUGAGAUUCAGCAACAGCCCCAAACAAAGCUGAUGCGCAAUGCUUUCCUUGCCGGUGAUGAUGACGAAGACGAGGAAAAGCGUAUGGUGCGCUCCAAGGAACAGAAGUUCAAGGAGGAGAUGCUCACCACGGCUCAGCAAAUGUCCAACAAAGUGACCGUGUCGGAUUGGGCCAAGGUUGAAGAUCUGUAUACCUCCCUGAACAAGCAGCUGGAGAAGAAUCGCAACCUGAACAAGCCCCCUCGCUACUAUCUCAAGGUUGCUAUUGAGCUUGAGGAUGCCAUUAAUGCGGCCUGGGGCGACCGCAAGAAGCUCAACAAGACGGCUGCUUCUUCUCUCUCCAAGGUCAAGGCCAAGCUGCGCAAGUUCAACAAAGAUACCAAGUUCUUGGACGUGCCACUGGAGGAUACCAUUGCCGAGUGCCGCGAGGACCCCAGCCUUCUCGAGGAGGAAGAGGAAGCCGAUGAGGAUCAGGAGGCUACCGGUGCCGCUGACUCUGAUGCCAGUGAUAGCGAGGCCGAGGUUGAGGCGCCCAAGGCCAAGUCAAAGGCCAAGGCCAAGGCCAAAAAGUCAACCGAGGAUGGCGACGAUUCGGACUCUGACUUUUGGAACGAUGGCUCUGAGGAGUCGUCAGACUCGGACUCGGAUAAUGAGGCCGAAGGCGGCUUCCGUUACACGGCCGCCUAUUUCCUCAAGUCGAACGUGGUCAAGCCUCAAAAGCGUGAGCGCAAGGAGCGUGAUACGGAGAAGAAGCAGAAGACGGUGCAGGGUGCCGGUGACGAGGAUGACGAAGACGAUGGCUUUCAGCUGGUCCAGCCUACUCGUGCCAAGAAGGAGACGGUUCUCUUCAAGCGUGGUGAUGAGGUGACUGUCAAGGCUGUGCUUGAGAAGAUGGAUGAGGUUCUUCAAACCCGUGGUCGCAAGAACACUUCCCACUUUGAUCUCCGCGGUCUCUUGCGCAAACUGUUGGCCACAUCGCGCGAGAACAACCUGGGUGUUGGUAUUGAGGCCAAGCUGAUGCUGCAGAUUAUUGCCCUGCAUUUUGAUGAGCCCACUUCCAUUGCCGGCUACUUCAAGCCCGCCCACUGGGCCAACUGCUAUGACGACGUGAUGCAGGUCUACCGCCUGCUCCACGAGCACGAUGAUCUGCGGAUCCAGAUGCAGCCCGAUCGUGCCGAGGAGAUUGAGCAAGCGCCGUUCUUCCUUCAGGGCGAUGUCAUUAACUACGUUGAGCGCCUUGACACUGAGUUUACCAAGAGCCUGCGUAACAUUGACCCUUACACCCCUGAUUACGUGGUGCGCCUCCGCGAUGAGCCCGUGUUGUACAACUUGAUUCUUUUGGCCGAACAGUAUGCCAUGCGCCUGAACACGGAGGACGAUCUCUCUCGUUCGCGUCUCAUGCGCAUCGAGCACGUGUAUUUCAAAACGUCCCAUGUGCCCUCGACGAUCCGCUCGCCUACCCGCCAGCUGCCCUCGGAGGCUGAGAAGGAGGAUGUCGUGCCCGUGGAACCGGAAAUCUCGGAUGUGGAAACGCUCUGGGUGACGGACGACGCUGUCGAGUCGGACAUUACUGGUGUCAUGAAUCGUCUCUGCACUUACAUCUACUCACUUCAAAACGCCGAUCGCAAGCGCCUGCGCGCCAUGCUUUGCCACAUUUACCACAAUGCCAUCUUUGACCGCUUGUCGCGUGCUCGUGACCUCAUGUUGAUGGGCCAUCUGCAGGAGAACAUCAACCACGCUGAUCCUUUAACCCAGAUUCUGUACAACCGCACCAUGGUGCAGCUCGGUCUGUGCGCCUUCCGUCGCGGCGAGAUUCAGGAGGCCCAACAUGCCCUCCAUGACAUUUGGAGCUCUCGUGUUCGCGAGCUUUUGGCUCAGGGCAUGUCGUACCGCAAGGAUCACGACAAGUCACAGGAAGACCAGAAGAUUGAGAAGGCGCGACAAACGCCCUUCCACUUGCAUAUCAAUCACGAUUUGAUUGAGAGUGUGUUCUACACGACCGCCAUGCUUUUGGAGGUCCCCUUCAUCUCGCAGCAGAUGCACGAUCCCUCGCGGACGCGCAUGCCCAUUCGUCAGUACCGCCGCCAGUUGGAUCAGUUUUGCGGUCAAAUGUUCACUGCGCCUCCGGAGAACACGCGUGAGCGCAUCAUGGCCGCUUCGCUUGCUCUCAUGCACGGUGAUUGGAAGACGUGCUGCGAUCACAUCCUGAACCUCAAGGCCUGGAAGUUGAUGACCGAUCGUGAGGCGGUGUGCGCCAUGCUGAAGCAGAAGAUCUGCGAGGAGGGCCUGCGCUCCUACCUGUUCCAUGCCAGUGGUCACUACAACUCUCUUCAGCUUGCUUUCCUGGCCAAGAAGUUUGAACUCGAUAGCCGCCGUGUGCAUGGCAUUGUGAGCCGUAUGGUGUACAGCAACGAGCUGCAUGGCAGCAUAGAUGAGGUCGAGGGCACCGUGGUGAUGCAUAAGGCUGAGCCCAACGAGCUGCAGCGCCUGGCCAUGACCUUUGCCGAGAAGGUGGGCCAGUUUGUCGAGAACAACGAGCGACUCGUAGAUGUCGGCUCGGGCACAGGUGGUUACAAGGACCGCUACAACAACACCUCCCGCAGCUACAAGCGCUUUGGUGGUGUGCGGCGGUACAUGCGCCCGAUGCACGAUCGCGGCGAGCGUGCCACCACUCUGACCACUGGUAACGGUGGUGGACCUCCACCCCCACCCCCACCGCCGCCACCUCCAGCGGGCCCUGCCGGCGCCCCGCCACCGCCACCGCCCCCUCCACCUGCUGCCGCUUCCUCAGCACCACCACCGCCAGCUCCGCCGGCGAGCAAUAAUAUCGGAGACACGCCUGCAGAGCCCGCCACGCCGAUGGUCUCCCAAAACCCAGUCACGGCAUGGGAGCGCCCCUGGUCCAUUCCCGAGCUGCGUGCGUCAACUACGCAAUGGUCGCUGGCUGCUGAUGAAGGUCUCCGUCAUCACCUGGAGCAGUUCUCGUCACAUCUUCUAUCACGCACCUCGGAGCUUGAGAAGGCUGUCGACUCCCUGGUCACAGAGACCAAGAUGACCCAGGUUCGAGCAGAAAACGUCAUCAACGGAUUUAUGAUGCUUUCAAACACUCAGUUUAUUGAAAGCCGUGUUUAUGAGGAUGACGUGGAUACGGCCACACCGGCCGAGGCACCGCCACAAACAGACGGCAGCGGAGGCGCUAAAGAUAAGGAAGAGCAGCGCAAGGAGAUCGUGCGCAAGUUUACCGAUUCCCUUCAGCUUGGCCUCAAAGUGCUGGAGGAUCAUUAUGAAAUUGUGGAGGACCAACCGAUGGAAAUGGAUAUAGACUCGGAUGCAGGGUCAGACGUUGGAGCUCCCGCACGCACGCAACAGCGUCGCUAUCAACCCAAGUCGGCAUACGCACAUCGCCUUUUGCCCUACAUCAUUGGGACGGUGGCCUAUAUCGAGGAUGCCACAGUGGGUCUCAAGGAUUACCAUGCUGAGGAGGAGGAGCUUUUGGUUGACGAGGACGGUGACGGGGCCAGUAUCAUUGCUUCCGAAGACGAGUUGGAGAUGGAUGGUCCAACCUCAGAUGGCAGAUUCGAAGACCCUCUUGCAGACGAAGAGGAGCCCGAGGCAACAGCCAUCCCGCCAGCCCCUCCGGCGGCUAUGCCCAACAUGUUUGAUGUGCCUGAUAGCGCCGACGAUAGCGAAGAUGACAUGUUUGCCCCUCAGGCGCCCAAGGUCCCGGCUGGUGCUGCUCGCAUGCAUGGCCAAACCGCCGAGGAGCAAGCUGCUGCGGGGAGUAUGCUUGAGGAGGAGAUGAACACUCCUGCUCCCGUACCCGCCUUUGCAGAAGCUCCCAAGAAGGCCCGUGGCCUUUUUGAUGAUUCGGAUGAGGAAGAGGAGGAUGACACCUUUGCGCCAGCAAGUUCAACAGGUGGUGCAGGCGAAUACGUGGAAGUGGCUGGUGAUGACGACGGCACUGCCGUCACAGCUCCUGCUCCUGCCAACCCCGUGAAUCCUUUGGCAGCAGCAGUUGCAGCAGCGGCAGCGCGCCGACGUGCUCAAGACAGCGAUGAGGAAAGCGACGGUGAAUUUGGCACGCCGUCCGUCGGGGCUCCCGCAAUCGCAGCGGCCGUCGCCUCCGCCCCUGUUCCCGCGGCACCUCAAGCAGCACCCGCCAAAGCCAGCGGCAGCAGCAAAGGGGGUCUGGGUGGCUUGUUUGGCGACGAGGAUGAGGACGAAGAUGAGGAUAUGGGAGCCUUAUUCGGUGCACCGACCGGUGCACCGGCUGUCGUGGCCCCCGUAUCGCAGCCUGCUGCUCACCAAUCAGCAGCAGGAGCUAGCAAACCGAAGAAAGGGUUGUUUUUCGAUGAUGACGACGACGAUGACGACGACUUUCUGGCUAGUGAUGGCAACCUUUUUGGGGACAAACCCACGGCACCUGCAGCAGCAGCAGCAGCAGCAGCAGCAGCAGCAGCAGCCAAAGCUCCCAGUCGAAGCUUGUUCGAUGAUGAGGAGGAGGAUGAGCCUCUUGUGCCCGCUCCGGUGAAAGCAAGCCAACCCAAACCCAAAGCAGGAGCCUCUUUGUUUGGCGAUGAGGAAGAUGACGAUGAAUUUGGGUUUGACGUGGCAGCCGACCAGCCCCCGACAAAGCCUAAAGAAGCCUCGCCUGAGCCUGAACCGGUAGAGGCACCUUCCAAGCCUGUUGGUCCCAAAAAGCCAAUUGGAGGCCAGGCCACAUUCUCUCCUGGUCUGCUUACCGAGCUGCAUAAACGCGGCAUCGGCGCUUCGUCACCGGCAGCUGUAAAUAACGAUGCAGAAGAGCCAGCGAGCAAUAUCAGCGACAAAGAUGAGCAGCAACCAGCAGCGCGAGGAAACAGUGCUGCGGCAAAACCCAAAGCGGCCUCGCAAGGAAGCUCAUCCCUCUUUGACGAUGACGAUGAUGACGAUGGCGACCUGUUUGGUGGGGCUGGCGCAGCUGCUGAGAGCACCACCAAGGAGCCAACACCCGUCGCCACGACGACAACUUCCAGCAAUGAUCGCAAGCCAGCGGCCACAAACACCCUGUUUGGGGGUGAUGAUGAUGAUAGCGAUGGCGAUGAUUUGUUUGGUGGUGCUGGCAACAAGAGCCAAACACCUGAUUCCAAUGCAGCACCAGCCCCGGCCCAGACGUCUGGUGCUUCCUCCAACAGUAAGCCAGCCGCUACUACCGUGCCAGCACCAGCAGCAGCUGAGCCAGCCCCCAUGCCGAGCUCUCCCAAGAUGGAAAAGAAGCCAGCUGAGGUCAAGGAGACAAAGCAGAAGACUCCCGAAACCGUUGCUGAGGUCAAGAACGGCACUGUGGACGACAUCUUUGGUGAUGACGAUGGUGAUGACAUGUUCAAAGACACGCGCAAGGUCACAGCCAACGGCAAUGGUAAAACAAAGCAGCCGGUGGAGCUAGCAGCUUCGUCCAGCAAGGCGACCAAGAAAAAGAAAACACCCAAAGCCGCUGCCACGCCUGCCACAGAUGGCACGCUGGACGACAUUUUUGACACUCUCGACUCAGUUCCAGUCAAGCAAAAAUCCGUCAAGAAGAAAAAGAAAACGACCACCAGCGCAAAGGUGACCAAGGCAGAUCUGGAUGAUUUGUUUGCUGAUUGA